AUGUCAGUCGCGGCGGGGGGCGCGGGCUGCGCCCCGGCUUUGCGCCCCGGCUCGGGCUGCUCGGGGCGCCGGGCGGCCGCGCCUUUGUCCCGGCGCCGAUCGGCAGCUCCCGGGCCGCCGCCGCCGCCUCCCGCGCCCGGCCUCGCCCGCUUCCUGCGCCCCUCCCGCGCCCGGCCCGGCGCGCCCCGGGCCCCGCUUCCUGCGCGCCGGGCCCUGCGCCCCGCCCGCCGCGCGCCCGGCCGCCGCUCCUAUUGUCUAAUGGCGGCGACGCCGGCGGUGGCCGCGGCUCGGCUGCUGCGGAGGCUUCGGCUCCACCUGCUGCUGCCGCCGCCGCCGCCGCCCGAGCCCCGUGCGCGCCGCCGAGGGGGGGACGCGCGCGCCCGGGGAGGCCUGCGGAUCCCCACCCGGCCGCCUCCCCGCUGGCCCGCCGCGGUGACCUUGGCACGGCGCGCCCCCGCCCAGGCCCCGGGCCGCCGCCGCCCCUCCCUCCAGCGCGCCUCCGGACCGGGGGAGGGGGGAGGCCCUGGCGUACUGCCGGGCCUCGGUUUUCCCAUCUGUCAAAGAAAGGGGGCCCUGCUGCUGGCGUCUAAUGUGCGGGCUCUGUCGCGACCUGGACGCGUGCCACGGACGUGCUCUGUGACCUUGGCUCUGGCUGGGCAGCUGCCCUCUCUGAGCCUCAGUUUCCUCCUGUGUAGAAAGGCGGUGGGUGGGCGCACCGCGUGCCUCCUAGGGGCCAAUCCUUGA